AUGCCUUUUCUUAUUUCAUCUUCUUAUCCAAACAAUACAAGACUAACAAUAACUCGUCUAUUUAAGACUUCUUCCAAAGUAAUAAACUCACUCCAAAGGAAACCUGUACUAACAUAUAUAAACACUUUUAGAAAUAAUAUUCAUUCUUACAAACAAACAAAGUUACAAUUACAAUCACAAUUACAAUUACAAUUACAAAGCACCAUCAAAAGGACAUUGACUAUGCCAACUACAUCGUCUCUGUCAGCUGAUACCACUGGCACUACUACUGGCACUACUACUGGCACUGCCACUGCCACAACUUCCAAUAACAAUAUUGAACCGCAGCAAUUAAGAACUGCAUCCAAUGAUGGGUCUCAUAUUCCCUUAAUUGCAUCCAUCGAUGUGGGUACGACUUCUUCAAGAGUCAUCUUAUUUAACAAAAUUGGUCAAGAAGUGGAAAAACAUCAAAUUGAAUAUUCCACUUCUGCUUCAAAAGAGAAAUUUUCAGUCUUAGGUAAGAGAAGAUUCUCUACUGAAUUCUCCAUUCCAACUCCAGCACCUUCCACUAUCGGUAAUGAAGAAGAACAAGCAAAUUUAGAACCUGUUUCCAAAAUGGCGAAACCAACACCUAUCUUCACAGCGGAAGGUAUCUCCAUCGAACAAAAUAAAGAUAUAGAAAUUGAAGAUUUGAUUCUAUUAGAUAAAGAAACUAAACUGAAAAGAGAAUCAACUCCAAUUCAUAUUUCAGAAUCAUCCACUUCUACAAACGAACCACCAACAAAAAUAGCCACUCAUCUUUCAAGUGGUCCAACUUUAACUUAUCCAAGACCAGGUUGGAUUCAAUGUAAUCCAAUGACUUUAUUAAUUAAUAUCAUACAAUGUCUUGGUUCCACAAUAAAAUCAAUUUCCAAAGUUAAUAAAUAUAGAGAAACAAAUAAUUUACCUCUAUAUAAAGUUCAUUGUAUAGGAAUUACAAACAUGAGAGAAACUACCUUCGUUUGGUCUAAAAAAACAGGUUUACCUAUCGUAAAUUAUGGUAUCCUAUGGAAUGAUACAAGAAAUUUGAAAAUUAUUAAACAUUUACAAGAAUCAACCCCUAAUGUGGUCCAAAAAAUGUUAGCUAAAAAGACAGGUUUACCUUUAUUCUCAACUUAUUUCUCCUCUUCUAAAUUGAAGUGGUUAUUAAAUAAUGAACCACUAGUAUUAAAAGCUUAUAACGAAGGUGAUUUGAUGUUUGGUACUUUAGAUACAUGGAUCAUUUAUAAUCUGACUCCAAAUAAAACAUUCGUUACAGACGUUACUAACGCUUCAAGAACAGGGUUCAUGAAUAUUGAAACUUUACAAUAUGAUAAUGAAUUGUUAUCAUUUUGGGGAUUAGAUCCAAACUUAAUUAAUUUACCAAAAAUAGUUUCAUCAGCUGAAUAUUAUGGAGAUUUUAAAAUACCAAGAUUUACUAAAAAUUUCAUUGCUCCAGAUAUUUGGAAUGAAUUAACUAAUUUCCAAGCCGUGAAAAUCCCAAUUCAAGGUUGUAUCGGUGAUCAAACUGCAUCGCUAGUGGGACAAAUGGCAUUCAAACCAGGUUCCGCUAAAUGUACUUACGGAACAGGUUGUUUCCUACUAUAUAAUACUGGUAAAGAAAAAUUAACCUCUGAAAAUGGUGCAUUAACUACUCCAGCUUAUUGGUUCCCCAAUUUAUCCGGUGAAGAUUCAAAACCACAUUUUGCCCUAGAGGGGUCCAUUGCUGUAGGUGGUGCAGUGGUACAAUGGUUAAGAGAUAACUUACGUUUGAUUCCAAAAUCUGAACAUGUGGGACCUUUGGCAUCCCGUGUACGUGAUUCUGGCGGUGUUGUGUUCGUCCCUGCAUUCAAUGGACUAUUUGCUCCUUAUUGGGACCCUGAUACAAGAGCUACUAUCAUGGGUAUCUCACAAUCUACUACAGCAUCACAUAUUGCUAGAGCUGCCAUUGAAGGCGUUUGUUUCCAAGUUAGAGCCAUUUUGAAAGCUAUGAGUGGAGAUAAGAUUGAAGAUGGUUAUGAAAAGGGUACCGUAGUUACAUUGUCUGUUGAUGGUGGGAUGUCUAAAUCUGAUGAAGUCAUGCAAAUUCAAGCUGAUAUCUUAGGACCUUGUAUUAAAUUAAGAAGAUCUCCCAUUGUGGAAUGUACUGCAUUAGGUGCUGCAAUUGCGGCAAAUAUGGCUUACAAAAAUGUUGAAGAUAGAGUCCUUUGGAAAGAUUUAAAUGAUGCCAAAAAAUGGGUCAUGUAUAAUGGUUACUCUAAAGAUGAUAAUAUUCCACAAUUAAUGCAUCCAAGUUUAAAAAUUUUUAGAGGGAAACUUGAUGAUGAAGAUAGAAGGAAACAUUGGAAAUUAUGGCAAACUGCAGUUAAGAGAUCAACUGGUUGGUUAAAAGAUGUAGAUGGAGAACAUGAAGAAGUCCCCGAAGUGACCCCUUAG